GCCGGAGGUGUAGCUGCCGGGGCCCCCCUCGCGGAUAAGGAGGAGGAGGAGGAGGCGGGGCCUGGUGAUCGCUAUUGUGUGUGUGAUGAGAUCCCGGGAAACAUGGCGGAGAGCUGCGCCUGGUUGUUAGUGCUGAUCACUGUGUUUCUGUGCAAUCUCUUUAAAAUCCAGCUUCCUUCCUUGUCCUCCAUAGUGUCCCGGUUGCUGCAGAAGGAGGCCGAGGAGGAGCAGCAGAUGAGGUCCGACAUCCAAAGCAUGCGACAAGAGCUCUCCAGUAUCAGUAUGAUGGAUGAGUUCGCUCGAUACGCCCGACUGGAGCGACAGAUCAACAAGAUGACUGACAAACUUAAGACGCACGUAAAGGCCAGGACAUCUCAGCUAGCCAAGAUCAAGUGGGUUGUCAGCAUUGUAUUCUAUGUAUUGCAGGCUGCUUUGAUGAUCUCUCUCAUAUGGAAAUACUACUCCGAGCCAGUGACUGUGCUCCCCAGUAAAUGGAUUGCACCCUUGGAACGUCUAGUAGCUUUUCCCACUGGGAUUGCAGGCGGUGUUGGGAUUACUUGUUGGCUUGUGGUAUGCAACAAAGUUGUGGCCAUUAUGCUGUACCCCAUCAGCUGAGACAAGCAGAGAAGGCGGCUCCGGACUCCCCGCAUCCAUCGUGUACAGUCCACGGGAAGUCCGCAAUCUAUUUAUUCAUUUUUUUGUUUGAUAUAUGAUGUAUUAUUUGUGCUUGUCCGUCCAUCAGAGGUUGCGGGAUAUGAUGUCACUGUGUGUGCUCAGGUCAUUGUAUGUCAUCUUAUUACAUCACAUGUUAAAUAAAGCAAAAAAUAUAUAAUAACUGGU